AUGCUGGCAAACACGUCUGACCUCUUUUCCACCAGCGACGCACUGAUUGUCAUUGAAUAUUCGGCUACUGGCCGCCCAGCCCUAGUCAGCAUGAAUAGUGCAAUCAGCGCUUGCGCGAGAAGUGGGCGAUGGCAGGUGGUGAUGUCGUUGCUGAGGCUUUUCCAGGGCGAGGGUGUGGAGCCCGACGCCAUUACUUUUAACGUUGCGAUCCAUGCUUGUGGACAAGGUGAUCAGUGGGAAACUGGAUUGUCGUUGUUGGCGGAAGCGUGGGAGGCGGGGGUGAAGCCGAACACCAGAACUUAUAGCGCUGUGAUGAGUGCGUGCGGGAUGAGCUUGGAGUGGAAGCGGGCGCUGUCGUUGCUGAGAGACUUGAGGGAAUCUAAGUUGGAGCCAGAUGCCAUCACUGCUAGCAUUGCUACCCAAUCACGCGAGAGAGCAGGGCAGUUGGGGCAGGGAUGGCAGCUGCUUGAGGAGUUUGGCGACGCGAAUUUGGAACCAGAUGUCGCCAGCUAA